GUUUUCAGCUGCUCGUGUUGACACUGACUAAUAAUCAAACCAUUCACAUGCCAAAAGAGAUGCCUUUCCCGCAAUCCUUGCUGGCUCGAAAUGAGCAGACGCAGUCGGAGCGCAACCAGGAAGCCACUUAUCAUUCUUCUUACUCCCCCUAUCACACGCGCGCCCUUGAAUGGAAUUUUCUCUCGCACUCAGCCUCCCACACCAGUGGAAUGCACUAUGAUUAACGAUUAUCAGUCUGACAUAAUGCUACGCUCUCUGCUAGUCUAACGCACGCUUACCACUUUGGCAUCGGUCCCGUCCUCGCCUCCCCUGGCUCCGUUUCCUCCCCCCCCUUGUGCUGUCAAGGCUGCGUGCCGUUCCCGUAUCCACUCCGUCAGUCACCAUUUAUCAUAAUCCGAACUCCUACCUGUCCAUGGUGGAAUUUUCCUGCGAGUUGCAGAGAUAUGAUCAAGAGGUGGUGAAUCACUUAUAUUGCAUGUGUCACUAUUGGUAUUGAAGUUUUGCACGUCUCCCGGCUGUCGCUCGUCAACCACGCAGCCAUGAACUCAUCCCCAUUUCCGCAGCCUUGCGGGCUUCUGAGUCUUCCCAACGAGAUCAAAGUCCAUAUUGUCACUUAUCUCGAUACUCGCAGAGAUCUCUACAAUUUAUCUCUGACAUGCCGUGCCCUCGAGGACAUAGUCAUGACUCGACUAUACCACACCGUCGAUUUUGAUCUCCCUCAAAUCCCAAUGCCUGGGACAGCUGCGUUCCGAGAACCACUCGUUCAAUCUGUUCGAGAGCUCACCAUCAGGAACGGCAGGACACAGAGAAGGAAUUCGGUCUACAAGCGCAGGAGAAUAUCCGACGCGAGUUCUGUCGAGAGUCUUGUCAACAGUCUGCUGGAGAAAGUUCCUUCUGGUCGAAUGACGAGCUUCGCAUUCUUCCACCAGAUCCCCCUGAGUCGACAAAUGGUGACGUCCCUCACCAAGCGACAAGAGAGCACACUGAAACGCCUCCACUUCCACGAUGUUUCUCCUUGGAAAGAGGGCAUGCUCAUUCCCAAAAACCUCACGAGCCUCGAGGCUCGCACGGUCAAUGAUGGCGAGGCUGUUGAAAAGAUCAUAUCCGCCAACAGAAAGUCAAUCAAGAAGCUGUCUUUGGGGCAAGAAAAACGGCUGAUCGAGUGCUAUCAACAGAGCAGGCUGAAUUUCCUCCAACAAAUUCCGCAACCAAUGGACACAUUUUUCACCUCUGCAUAUGCGCUGGACACGUUCCCUCAAUUGCGGGAGCUGUCUCUGCAGGGUCUGGAUGUGACUCCUCUUCGGCCAUCUUCUAUCCCACAAGCCUUGUUCUUCUGCCAGUUGGAGCGCCUCACUCUGCAAUCCUGCCCCGGCAGCCACGAUCUCCUUGAAUCGAUUGCGGGAACAUUCCAUUGGGCGUCGACUUCCCCAGAAGCGCCUCAAAACCCUCGCAUCACCCCCUCCCUGAAACACUUUCUUUUACGUCACGAAAGCCCUACAACACCUCUCAAGGAAGCUCUUGUCCGCUUCCUUAGCUCAUUCACCGGCCUGCAGACUUUGUCCCUUUUGUUCGAAAACGGCGCCAUACUGGAAAGGCCGAGUACAUUCAUCGCCGAACACGGUCCCUCUCUCGAACACCUAGUGUUUGAAUCCCGCAUUCAGCCUCGCGAGCAUCUCUCAAUGGACACUUCCCGCCCAUUCGGCGUGGGCGGAUACAGUCACGAUCUGUGGGAGGAAUCAAUCAACGACAUCGCCCGGCUCUGCCCUAAUCUGACAGAACUGGGGAUGGGCUUCCCUUGGAACGACGAGAUGAUCCGAGUCCGCAAGACCGCUCUCCCAACGCUCCAGCGCCUGCGCACCAUCCACAUCCGCAAUUUCCCCGAGAACCAAGUGUUCAGCCAACUGGGGGACUACACCAUCAAAGAAUACGCGACUAAGUUCGUCGAAUGGGUGUUUCCGUCCUCAGUCGGAGGAGCAAAACCAUCCCUGACACACCUUGCCAUCGGGCCGACACUGUACGAGUCUCGAUGGAAGAUCACGCCUCCACCGCCUUCUAUUGCGGCGGGCGCCAAUGCUUCCACAGUCCAGCGCCAUCAGCAAGCGACGUCGCGCGCCCAGCCGCCCGAGUUUCUACGCACGCACCACUUCUGCCUCGACUGGGCCAAGACACGCUUCAACCGCUGGAGCUGCCUGAUCACGCCCGUCUCGGAGAAAUACAUGGAAGAAAUCACCGGCCAAAAGCCUCUGGGCGGCGUCUUUGAACAAGUCUGGCUGAAGUGAAACUCUCCCGACCCAGGAUCAGGAUCAGGUUAGCUUUGCUGGGGCAGAGAGGGAAGAAAGGAGGCCUGGCGCCUUGCUCUAUUUUUCUUGGCCUAUCCAUUGGGCUUGACCUGUGUUGUAUCUGAGCAUUGGAUUGGAAUGUUCUGAUUAUUGUUCUGGAGCUGCCUUUUUGCAUCAUUGCGAUUUUCGUCGUCUUAGUUACCAGCGAAGAGAUACCCAUAUAGACCAACUGCUCUGGAUUUCAUUUGCGGAUUUGUAAUGUACGAAUUAGAGGUAACUUCCGUUCGGAAGUGAGAAGAUAUAGAUUGCGAAAUAAUCAGGGAAAACGCCCUCGUUGUUGGGCCAUCACAACGUGUGCUUCACUUCGAAUUACUUGGGCAGUGCCUCUCAGCGUAAAUGUACAGGAAACAGAGAGCAUGGCUUUUCUCAACUCGUCC